AAUCGGUGCCCACUUUUACCAAUCGCUUUAAAAACGUGUUUCCCCUUGGUUGGCAUGUAUUUAAAAUGUACGCCACGUAAAUCAGUCCACCUGUCUGUAACCAAAACUGCACACAAACCAUUUGAGGCGCCCAAUACAAAACUGUGAGCGGCUGCCAGCUGUUUCCCGUUCUUCGGCCCAACUCAGUGAGAACGUGUGAAAACAGGCGAUGUAGUUCACGACCGCUGCUUCGCAUUAAUUAAACGGAAACAAUCGCCCUCCUUCCUACCAUACGGCUGUGAAAUGUUUUGCUGUCUAAAGAGCUGCCUAAACGGUGUGCUGCCGGCUCAGUCCGUACACAUCACGAAAACGUCCAACCCGGUUCAGCUCGAUUCGUCACAUAUGGGUCACGAAGUGGUUAUAAUCAAGAACGGAAUGCGAGCCUGUGGCACUGGUGGGGUACUAGCGAAUGCACCGCUCGUCCAGUCCAAGUCGUACUUUGAGGUGAAGCUGCAACAGUCGGGCCACUGGUCGAUCGGGCUGGCCACCCAGCAAACGGAUCUGAAUCAAUCGGUCGGCGGAAAGGAUCGGGAAUCGUGGUGUCUCAACUCGAACCAUCUGGUACUGCACGGUGGCGACGUUAUCUACCGCUUGGAUGCGAGCAAAGGAGUCCCGAACGGAGGUCAGAACUCACCCGGUCACGUCACCACCACACCCCCGGGAACGGUGUCCGUCGAUCUGGGGCCCGUGUCAGCGCUCGCAUUUCCAGCGCCCGCUAGUGCUUCCGGCACGGACGGCGGGCUGCCCCAGGAAGGGGACACGAUAGGCGUCGCGUACGAUCACGUGGAGCUAAACUUCUACCUGAACGGGAAGAAUCUGAAUGUGCCGGUGCUGAACGUGCGCGGAACCGUCCAUCCCUGUCUGUUCGUGGACGACGGUGCAAUUCUGGAUAUUGUGCUGGACAAUUUUGCGUACGGUCCGCCGCCCGGGUUCGAGCGUAUUCUGGUCGAGCAGUCGUUGCUUUGAUUUCUCAUACACGUGCUGUGUGCUGUUGCUUUUGUUAAGUUUACAGGGUUUUCGAGAAGAACUAACGAUGUGCGAGCCAUUUCUGGGCAAUGGCUAGGAUGAAGUAAACAACUGCCAGGUAGAACUGGCGAUCUGUUGCCCUUUCUGGACUAUGGCCAAGUUGAUCUAGACACAGGCUAGGUUGAAGUGGACGAUGGCCAGGUUGAACUGAAAUGUCAAAUUUGAAACGAUUGCUGAAGCGUUCGCAAACGGUUGGGGUAACGCUUGAUUUUAAAAAAUAUUUAAAAAAUGACCGGUAAAAACCAAAUUAUUUGUAAUUUUUUUUUUAAAGAUAUUUAUUGAAGAGAACGCUUAAACUGCAACGCAGCUCGUAUGUAAUUAUACAAUUAUUAUUUGCUGCUCUUUGAGCAUGUUCCAAUGUUCAAAAACUUUUUUUUGUAAUGUUGUUUUUGCUUUCCAAUGUAUUUUUUAUUUUUCUGUAAAACAUGCAAAACAAUAGUUAAAAGAAUCCGAGUCAUUGACUAUAAACAUAAACUUCAACAGUCAUCUUCUGUCAAAAGGCAAAAUUUAUACAGGUAAUGAAAAUAUUUUAUUUCUACAUUACAUUUUCAAAGCAAGCCACGCUUUCUGAUCACAGUGAGAUAUUUUGAGUUAAAUUACAAGUGCAGUGAAAUUGAGCAAUAUACGCUAAAUUUAGGUGAGUUAAAUAAAUAUAAUAUCUUGAAGCAAGCCAUUGCAAAUUCUAAUGCUCAAAGCGCAGCAAAUAAUAAUUUUAUAAUUACAUACUGCAUUGCAA